AUGAAUAUAAGUGUCGGGUGUUUGUGUAUGGGGAGUUUCCACUCUCCUCGCGGUGCUUUCAUCAAUAGACUGGUACAAAGGAGGGAGAGAGAGAGAGGGAGAGAGAGAGAGAGAGUGAGUGAUGAGGACGGAGAUGAAGGAUGGAAGUACUCGUGUUAUGGUGAGGGGUAAUGGUAAUUCUGGGGAAGUCUCAAUCUCUAAGUUCUCACACCUUUUAGCUUCCAAAGAUCGUGAUUACCUACUCUCUCCCACGGGGGUUCAGGUUCAUGUUUCUGAUCUUCGAGGGAAAGUAGUUGGUCUCUUAUUCGCUGCUAACUGGUACCCCCCAUGCCGUGGAUUCACCCAACUAUUAGUUGGAAUCUACGAGGAGCUCAGAAACAGUGUCCCUCAAAUUGAGAUUGUCUAUGUGUCUUCGGAUGAGGACUUAAAUGCCUUUAAUAGCUUCUAUGGAAACAUGCCGUGGCUUGCAAUUCCGUUCUCUGAUUUGGAAACAAAGAAAGCAUUGAACAGAAAGUAUGACGUGGAAGGCAUUCCGUGCUUAAUUUUUUUGCAACCUGACGACAAUAAAGAGGACGGAACAGUUCGUGAUGGGGUCGAACUUAUUUAUCGCUAUGGAAUCCAAGCCUAUCCAUUCAGUAAAGAGAGGUUGGAGCAGCUGCAAAAGGAAGACAAAGCAAAGCUUGAAAAUCAGAACCUCACUAAUUUAUUAGCAAACCGCGACCGUGAUUAUGUUUUAAGUCACGCGCCACUCAAACAGGUGCCUGUUGCUUCCCUAGUGGGUAAAACUAUUGGACUCUACUUCUCAGCCGAAUGGUGUGGCCCAUGCGGCAAGUUCACUCCCAAACUGAUUUCCGUUUAUCAAAAGAUAAGGCAAGAGCUAGCUGAAAAAGGAGAGGAGGACUUUGAGAUUGUGUUGAUAUCCAGUGACCGGGACCAAGCUUCUUUUGACUCCUACUACAAUAGCAUGCCUUGGUUAGCAUUGCCUUUUGGUGACCCAGAGAUCAAAAACCUUGCUAGACACUUUAAUGUACAAGGAAUUCCUUGCCUGGUAAUUAUAGGCCCUGAUGGUAAAACAAUAACCAUACAUGGUAGGAACUUAAUAAACCUGUACCAAGAAAAUGCCUACCCUUUUACCGAUGCCAAAGUGGAGCAAUUAGAGAAACAACUAGAAGAGGAGGCUAAGGGCCUUCCUACAUUGGUGUAUCAUGAAGGGCAUCGCCAUCAUCUUAAUUUGGUGUCAGAUGGCAACGGAGGAGGUCCCUUUAUAUGUUGUGUUUGUGAUGAACAAGGGUCCAGUUGGGCCUACCAGUGUCUCCAGUGUGGCUAUGAAGUGCACCCAAAGUGUGUCAGAACUGUGGAACGUGACAAUAUCUCGGUGGCUAGGUGAUGACGUUUCUGGCUUUUCCCGUUAAACUCUACUUAUGGGGAUUAGCUUCCUAUGCCAAUUAAUUGAAUGUUAGUAGCCCUUGAGUUGUUUAUCCUAAUCUAAGACUCGGCGGGGGCUGGAAUGCUGUUUGGAAUUAAUUAGAUUAAUUACAUAACUUUGUGGUUGAAUAUCUUCUUGUUGCUAUUAUGUGACUGAAAGAAAAGGACAGUGAUAAAGGGAAAGGAGACACGGAAAUUACUUGUGAGCUCCUUUAUGAUGUCAUUGAUGUGUGGAAAUUUGAUAAACACAGUAAAGAAAGAGAUUUUAAUUUAGAAUUAAUUUUGUUUAAGAGUGAGUCAUUGGUUGUCUAUUAAGGUUUUAUUAACGAAAAGUAUAGUAUCUAUUAAAAAUAUGAAAUUUAAAUU